UUACAGUAUCUUACGUUUACAUCCAAUUUACAUCUGUGUAUUUGUCUCUUUGAUGACAGGCCAGCCUGACUAGCCUUCUGAGCUGGAUUGGUGUGGACGGGGCAUAAGUGUGAGUGUCAAAUGCACAACACUAUAACUGAUAACUGUUAUCAUAAUUGUUGUUUACCUUUUGCAUUCAUUUGCUAGGUCACCAAUAUUUUACAAUUCAUAUGUUGCAUUAGAUAUUGUACACUUAAUUCCCCUAGACAUUUCGAUUAAUGUCUACGUGUUCUUAGAAAUACCGGGCUAAAAAUGGAUGAUAGUAAUACUAUAAUAGAAACAAAUAAAGACACAAUUAAAGUGAUAAGGUUUAACAAACCACACAAGAAAAAUGCAAUAGAUGGUAAUAUGUACAAUCGGGUGACUAAAAUACUCAACGAAGCUGCAAUUGAUGACAGUGUCAGUAUGGUUGUGGUAACUGGUACUGCAGACUUUUACAGCAGUGGCAAUGACGUAUCGAACUCUUGGAAUGAAUCUGAAGAUGAACAUAUGAAAGUUUUGAGAGAUUUCAUCGAAGCGUUUAUUACAUUCCCAAAGCUACUAAUAGCUAUCGUAAAUGGGCCUGCUAUAGGAAUCGCGGCUACGACUCUUGCCCUCUGCGAUUUGGUUUAUGCGUCAGAAAAUGCUUAUUUUUACACACCCUUUCCAAAAUUGCAUAUCACAGCUGAAGGAGGAUCUACACUAACAUUCCCGAGACUUAUCGGACAACGGAAGGCUGCAGAAAUGUUACUUUUUAAUCACAAAAUGACAGCGAAGGAAGCACUGGAGUACGGUUUUAUAAAUCGUAUGUACAAACCCGAAGAAUUAGAAACGAAAGCCUGGGACAAGAUAAAUGAGAUUUCAAAACUACCCGCAGAUUCGAUACUCGCUACUAAGAACUUGCUGCGUAGGGUGUACUACGAUGAUCUCUUAAAAACCAACGAUGUUGAAAUUGCGGUACUGAAAAAAUCACUAAAAGCGAAAAGCAAUUUGUAAAUAUUUUUUUAUUAAUCAAAUUAUUAAUAAAGAUUAUUUUUUUC